GGUGAAAUGAAGCCAGGAUGAAAUGAAUAGGUUGCUUAGGGUAAAGUUUAGACCGCAGGUAAGUAACAAGAGUACUAUUGAGAAACUGAAAAAAUGUAGAAUUCCGGAUAUGUAAAAUGCAUGCCCAUUGGCACGUUAAUGAUGUGAUUUCCGUUGCUUCCGUCUAAUCGAAAAAGGAGACGUAUUAACUUGCUUUUAUUCUUUUCCUUAAAAGAAACUUCAUGUUUUCGACAACCAAAUUCAUCUUUAGGGUCAAAUGUUUUGUCAUCUAAUAUUCUGAGGUGUAUGUCUGAAAGUAUUAUGCAAUCAUUCAAUGGCUGAUUUUUCUUGUGGGGGAGGAGGGGGGCAGACCAUAUAAAAAAAUGAGAAGGGAGUUCAGGGCUGUAGCAAAGGGACUGAAUUAAAUCAUCAAGUGUAUUUUAAUCUCAUUGUGAGACGAAUGCACCUCCAGUACAUAUAUUACAGUAAAGAAAGUGAGCCACAUACAUCUCACAUGAAAUCUGACUGGAAUCCACCAGUUCAGCCUUCCGUGGCGUUAGAAACGUUUUACACCCGGUGAGCAAAAAGCACUCAAACAAUUGUCGCAUGCAUGACAAAGCCAUUAUACUCAAAAGGACAGACGGGGGAACCACAUCCGCUCAUGGUGAGCUGAAAAAAUAAGAUCAACGAGGGUUUAGCUUUGCUAAAUGAGAGAAAUAUUAAUUAUCAACCCCUCACUCAACCUAUGGUUGAAAACACAACCAGAAAAGUUAAGCAGAAGGCCACGUUGAUGAUAUGACAGCCAAAUGGCCAUCUCUUACGCCUAAUCCUCCACGUUUCCUUAUUAAUUUUCUACACACUUACAAAGAUUUACAAACCGACGCCUGUCGGUAAACCUAUGAUAUCAGGGUGUGAUGGCCCUACACAGCGGAUAUCUACAUUUGUAGAUCGAUUCAUUCAGCCAAUAGAGUAGAAACAAGUCUCGUAUUUAAAAGAUACAAGAGACUUCAUGAAUUUUAUUGAGCAGUACAAAAUUAUCUAAAACUACAGUCCUAGUCUCUAUAGACGUUACUAGCCUCUAGCUACACCAUUAUGCUGAGUGAUAAUGAAAUGGUUCUCCCCAAUAUUAUUAUUUCCUAAGGGGUUUUAAAAUGGUUUACUUUUUCUUGGGGGGUGGGGGGGGGGGGAUUUUUACCAAAAUCCUCCGGGAUGGCCAUUUUGAAAAAUGCUUCCAAGGGGGUAUUCAGUAUGACCCCUCAAUAGGGAGGGGGAGGGGAAUGGAAUGGCCCAUUGAUCCCCUGUCUGAAGGGAAUUGUAAAAGUGUUGAGUACAUUCUUUUGCUCAUAGCAGCAGGUUCUGUUUUACCCCAAGGUGGAAACACAAAUAACACAUUUUCGUAAAGUCCUAAUCAAAAUUAUUUAAUGUAUUUUUCUAAAAUUGAAAUUUAUUUAUUAUGUAGGAUUCUUAAUCCGAUAGGGUAUGUCCUCUGAUAUCUGAUUGCUUUUCAAUUCCCUGCCUAAUUGCAUAUACCUGUCAAGUUAAAAUCUUAUGAUAGCCCUGUACUGUUUAAGUUGUGUAUGCAUAGAAGUAUAGACAAUUUAAAAAUCACCAUCAUUAUUAUUUAUUGUUAAGGUCAUCUGUGGCUGUCUUUGUCAGAAAGGAAUUUCCACAGUUCCAGUCACCAACAGCUGGAAGUUUUUCCUAAGUUAUUACCAGAAUGAUUGUUCUAAGGUGAGUAAUAAUAUUAAUAAGUUGACACAGGUAUAUUUUGGCAAAUUUUAGGCUAAAUGAGACUGCAGAGUUCUCACCCCUCAAUAUUUUUCAGAAAAUGUCCGACUACAAUACAAAAUAAUUUAUUUUUACAAUUUUUUUAAGCCUACCUGUACCCGGACAUAAUGACUGGACAGAUCAAAUACCAAGUCCAAUUAAGACGUAUGAUCAUUUUGUGGCUGUAUAUUGUCAAAUUCAAUUGGCUCCUUAAUUGCCCCUAACCACCCAUGCAGAUCCAUGUCCCUUGUAAGAAGUUGAAAGUUAUAGUGCAGGACAGUACAGUUUAAAUCCUCCAAUCAGUGAUCUUGUUACAAUGAACCUCAAUUUAACAAACCUCUACAUAACGAAGUCCUGGGCACAACAAACGAUUUUCUUCAGCCCAUCCAAAGUAGUAUUGAAAUGUAUGGAACAGAACCUCGAUAAUUAUAAUGAACCUCGAUUUAACGAAAUCAUUGUUAUAACGAACAAAUCCAGAAGGGCAAACAUAAAAUGUACCUCCGUAUAACGAAUAUACAGCUGUAUGUCAACAUGUGACAAAAAUUGAAUGCAAAACAGACCAUCAGGGGUAAAAUUUAUAUGUAUAGCAGUUUCACCCAGUUUUGUUUGCCUGUUCUUGAGUUUCUGGCACCGUAGCUUUGUACAGCUCUUUACUGAGAAAAGAAAAUGUUAAUUGAUUGUUCAGAUCCAGGAAUGCUGAGCAAUAAAAAUUUAUUAUUACUAAACCUGCAUACAACAAACAUUUUGGUUGUUUUCCCAAAAAUUCGUUACUGCGCUUUUUACAAACACACGAACUCUAAAAUUUAAAAGCAGCCUUCACAAUUGCAUUUUUGGCUGCCGUCAAUCAUAAUUACGAUCACAAGCAAUGAACCUUGAAACACAGAAACACACAAAAUAUGGAUCGAAAUCCACCAAUCACAGAUCACAAACCUUGACCUUUUGAACCUGUUGAAGCAAAGUUCUGUUUCCUAAGAGGUCCAUUAAGAUGAUUGACAGCAGCGAAAAAUGCAAACGUCAGUUAGUUUUUGAAUUUCAGAGUGCGCGUGUUUAUGAAAAGCGCAGUAAAUCAAGGUUUUUGAUAUAAUAAACCCUCGAUAUAACAAACUAAUUUCCCCAGUCCCUUGGCACUCUGUUAAAUCAAGGUUUCACAGUACUGUGGAGUUGCAUCAAUUGAUGACUUCUUGGUCAACCAAUGCAGUAAAACCACUCUUAUCUAGCGUACACCUCUUUGCUUGUUCAUUAUUAAAAGACUCUUAAGUUCUGUGAUAUUUAUCCAUGGGACCUGUUAUUAUGGACAGUUCGACUUUGCAAACAGCAUCUUCUUUGUUGUCAUAGUGUUUGGACAAUGACAAACAUGACCAAAAUAUUUUAAGUAUGGUAUUGACAUAAUGUAUUUCCAACAAUUUUUCUGAUAUUUUGUCCAACCCAACCAAAGGCUUGGUUGGACAUUGUUGUUUCUGAAAAGAAAAAAAUACUUGCUGGCCUGUUUUUGGUAUCCAGUAAGUGGAUGCUGUGUGGGUUCUCUAAACCCUUAGCCGAUUUUAGACCAAAAUAUGUUAUUUUGUUCUAAUACCUGCUCUGUAUGACCUAUAAAAUCCGUAACAGUUCUACUUAUCAUGGUAUCUGAAUCCACAUUCUAGUUUUUAAACUUUGGGAUCAAAGUAGUUUUUGUGAUAUUUUCACUCGGUAUUUCAGCAUUUUUUCACCUCUUUAGAUUUCAUUUGUUUGAUAGUAUUCUGUAUGGGAUCAUUGAAAUAAAUGAAAUAAGAAUGUACAAUGUAGAGUCCUCAGACCUUUUCAUUCUACUUCAUUGCCAUUUUAUAUUGGUUAUAGCUAGGCUGCAGUAGCCUGAGUUCAUAAUUAAGUUUUAGUCUGUUUUUCUUUAUUUUAGUUUCUUAGCUAUUCAAGGACAGUGGUACAGUUCAGAUGGCAACAUACAUUACCCCCAAGGACAGCAAAAGAUCCGGUACAACCAAAACAUUCCACAUUUAAAAUAAUGCUUUUGUAUGUUCCAUAAUUUUUUUUGAUUGAAAUAAUUAUAUGAAUAUAUCAUAGUUUUAUGGUUGUGCUUCUUUCCGGUCUAAAGUAUUUUAAUCUCAAUCAGGUUGAUUUUUCUUUUCUUUUGUGCAAUACUCAUCAUUAUUAUAACCUGAAACAAUGUAAAGCAAAAACCAACUCUCUGUACGUUUCAUUGUUUCAUUAAAUUUUGUAGAAGUCAGUUGUUAUCAGACCAGACAUGACCAUACGACAGCUUGGAGUAGAAAUGGAUGUCAAUCCAGGUUAGCCCAUACACUGUAUAAAUGAUUAUAAGGAGGUGCCAUUAAUGCCAAGUACUGCUUACAUUGUAUAUAUUUCUUUGCCAGAGAAAAAUUGUGUCCUGCCUGGGUAGCAGUAAUUUUAUUUAUGCUAGAGUUUUACUGUGUUUAUUUCCAUAUCAAGUUGAAAUUAAAGUUUCACUUUAAUUGAUUUGUUAUUUGCUCUUACAUGUAGCUUCUCUAGCAGACCUGUUGAUUGACCUUGGAGAAGAAUUACCCAAUGGAUUCCACACAGGUAUCAACAAGUGCUUUUAUUAAAAUAUUAAUAAUAAUCAUUGUUUGAUGCAAAAGAGGAUUAGUCAGCCACAUUCCAUUUUUUUCUUGAUCUUGAAUCUAUUCAUGUGAAAGAGAAUCUUCUAGUUUCAAGAUUCAAUAUUGAAUUUGCUUAUCACUGUACAGAAUGAAAGAAUAAUAUUAAAGUAUUUUUAAGGCUUGGCUUGGGUGAUUAAAUUGAAUUUAAUGGAACUAAAAUUGCAAAUUUGCAAUCACCACAUAGAUGCAAAGUUCUGCAGUAUCAAUUCCAGUUUUGAAGCCACAAUAAAAUGAAUCCGUCAGAUCGUGGGAUUGAAUAACCUACAGUGUAGACCCAUUGCUGCUGUUAUGAGGAUGGAUUAACUUGUGACAAAGUUAUCUACAUGUUCUAACUUUGACUGUACUAUAUGUAUGAUCUUUUUUAGUACUUUCACCUGAUCUGGCUGAGCUGUUGGUACUGGAACAUGAUAUGACCCCCAUUCACCUGGACACCAUGCAUGAAGCAAGGUCUGUAACUUGACAAAGUUAGAUUGGUUUAUAGUUAGUUACAUUUGACAAAAUGGAACCACUAUUAGAUGACUGUAAACUUAUGUAAUUUUCCCCUCAAGUCCCAUGAUUGUUACUAGACUGUUAAAAUGAGUGAGGAUGGGACUCGACCAUAAGGUUUUUACGUGCUAAACAGUAUAUUGUAAUUUUUUGAAGAUGUUGUACAAUAGCAUGUACUGAUAUUAUAAAAAUUUAAUUCACUUGAGCUAGGUACGUGUUGAAUUUGCUAAAUAAACCCAAAUUGUUUGCGUGCAGCACCGUACCAGUGGUAUUGUAUAUGAUAAUGAGGCUGUUGUGCAAAAACAGGUAAAAAAUAGUACUGAUAAAUUAAAAUCGAACAAUGUUUUUGUGUCAUCAGAAAAGAAACUUUUUAAACCUUGAAAAUGGUGUCGCAAUGACACACAGAGUUUUUUUAUUUUACCCGUAUAAUUUUUAUUUGAUGUUGAGUUAUUUUAUAGGCGACUGCAAAAAAUACCACUAUAUUCUCAAAAUUGUCAUUUGGGUAGUACUUCGUGUAAACCUUACUUUUACAUUAUCUUUUGUGGACAAUUUGCAUGUGUAAUGUGGGUCAGUGUGUUGAAAAUUUGCAUACUCAGCGUAUUUGAGCAAAAUAAUGUUCAACGCUGGCUAAAGUAUACUUUAUUUAUUAUAAAUACUUUUGUCUUUCAUUACGUUCAGGAGUUUGGCAACAAGAGAAAUAAUUUGGAAGGACACUUAAAUCAGAAAAAAAGCCACAGCUUCGAGUACAAGUCUCCUUUAUUUACCCUGAAUUCUAGGUUAGAAACCUUCAAUUGCUUGUGCAUUUCAUGCAAAGAGCAAACGAUAAUGUGAACUUCAGGUUUACAUUAAGUUCUGCCCACUGGCAAUUUAAGAAUAAUAAUGGUACUAUAAUAUUAUUAAAGUACUUUUUGCAGUGGCCUAUAAAACCUGUGCUCAUUAGGAUGUUUUUGUGAAGAUGUAAUUUAUGAUACAUGCUACAUUAUCACUCAAUGACAGCUCAGCAUUUCUGCCAAGACCACCUGUGGUAACAAUAAUGGGCCAUGUUGACCAUGGCAAAACAACGCUACUAGACACUUUACGAAAGUCAUCUGUUGCUGCCGGAGAAGCUGGCGGAAUAACUCAGCAUAUUGGUGCAUUUUCAGGUAAAAUGAAAGGCAAUCAACAAUAACAAAUUUGAUUAUUGGGCAGUACAGUUUGAAAUUACUAUUUCUUUAUUUAUCAACUGCCAAAAAUGUACUAACUACUAAAGAAAGAAAAUGUUCAAAUACCAUGAAUGAUAUGACUGUAGAAAGAAAGACUUGCAAUUGGUUGAAAAAAAAAUAUUUGAUUGACACUACCCCCAGGAAGCACAUGUUAGAAUUUUGUGGUAGGCAGUGACAAUAUAUAGUUUGUAAAAGGCCUACAGUAAUGUAAAAUAAGUUUAAAAGUGAAACUGUCUAGAACAUUUACUUAAUUUUAGAAAAUCUGCGUGCCCUUCUGUUUUCUGCAAGUGAUGUACAAAAUUCAUUAAAAUUUUCAUAUUGGAUUCCAGUGAAAGCAAUGUUAUUGACAGCCCUGGAUGUACAUUGAUAUUCAUACUCUUAGGCCCAGUUCAGACGUCAAACUUUUCAUGUACCAGACUUAAUCCCUUCAAUUAAGUACGUGAAAAUAUUGAUAUUUGAGUCAAUAACAAUUGAGUCCAACAUAUUUUAUUUGGGCUGACCCAUGAAUUAAGAUUGAGUGGUCCACAUGGUAAUUUCAACUGUGGAGCGUCUCCGUAACUUCAAACAUCAAACUUUAAAUACAGUACCGUUCAAAAGUAAGUUGACACUCAAUUCUCAAUCCUCACGAGAAUUGAGAAUUAGUCUUGUUUCGAGCAUACAGUCGCUUGUGCGAAUCAUUCAAAUAUACAUGUAACCAUGCCGUGUUGUGUUAUGGCUUAGGUCUUUGUAAAAUUAUCGGGAAAUCAAUUAGGGUGAAUCUUUUGUUUUCUAGUUGUCCUGCGAGACUCGAUCCUCGACUCUUGAUAGCUUGUUCUCGAUUCUCGAUUCUCUAUUCGCGCAGGAAUCGAGAAUUGCGAAUUGAGUCGAGAAUCGAGACUCGCAAUGGAUUGUCAACUUACUUUUGAACGGUACUGUCCCAUUGUAUUGAAUUGAGUACGACUAAUUAAGUUUGAUGUCUGGGUCAGCCAUCAAACUUGUGUCAUUUGGGUUGACCUACAUGUAAAUAGGUAUAAGGUUUGGUACAUGAAAUGUUUGACAUUAACUGAGCCUUACGUGUUUUGUACUACAGAAACAAGGAGCUAAUAUGGGCUGUUUUGGCCUCACAGACUAGCCAUUCACUUUCACAUGUAACUUAAAGAUAAUUAUCAUCAUUUCAUUUUUAUCUUCAUUUUUUAUAGUCCAAGUCCCUGGUGCAGAGAAGACAAUAACAUUUAUUGAUACGCCUGGUCAUGCAGCAUUUGAAACCAUGCGGGCUAGAGGAGCUAAUAUUACAGAUGUGGUUGUUCUUGUGGUGGCAGCAGAUGAGGGUGUCAAACCACAGACUGUGGAAUCCAUAAAGCAUGCCACUAAUGCAAGAGGUAUUAGACCAUCAGCACAAAGGAGUCCAUGAAAUUAGAUGAAUAUGCGCUAUUUCAGUCUUAGAUUUUAAUCUUUUCUGAUAAGAAAAGAAAAAAAUAAAAAUAAUAUAUGGUCCUGUCAGAGAAGUGUGAACUGCUCAAUAGCUUUUAGCUUUUGGUAAAUGGUCACCUUUAAGGAUGUCAUCUAAAUUCAAAAGUUAUUGUGUAGAACCACUAUAGAAUGGUAUAAAACUCAAACUACACCACACAAAUGUAUUAUGAUUAGCAAGAUUGUUUUUUCAGGAGUUGACAGUUUUAGGAUUUGAUUUUGUACGCUGUUAUGUUAAAAUUAGAACCACAGUCUAUAUAUGGGCUAAAAGAAGUACAAAAGUCAUGUAGUUGAAAUUAUAACUUGCUCAAAAAACAUUCAGCUGAGACUGUAGCUUUCAUUUUAUUGUGUACUUUAAAUUCAGAGUUGUGAAUAAUAAUUAUGUGAUUCAACAUUUUGAAUUUAAAAGUUUAUGGAUUUUAAACUGUGUAUUCUUUGUUACCUGCAGUUCCAAUAAUUGUGGCAAUUAAUAAAAUGGACAAGCCAAGAAUCAAUGUGGUAUGUUGGAAAAUGAUUUAGAAAAAAACUGUUUAAUUGUAAUAAUAUGUUGGCAUAGACAUUUGUGGUGUUGUUUGCAAAGUUUGAAUUUGGUAGAAUUAAUAGGUCAUGCACAAAAUUGCCACGCUCAUUAACAUUUUCUGAUAAUAAUAAUUAUGCAGAAACAAGUCAAGCAGCAGCUUCUUCAGCAUGGAAUACAACUUGAGGAAUUUGGAGGAGAUAUUCAGGCAGUUGAAGUGUCAGCCUUAAAGGUACUAGAUCCACACUGGUUUCCACCAUUUUACGGAAAUCGUUCAGACUUUUCAUAAUAAAUAUAUUUUUCAAUAAAAAAAACUUUCCAAGUUGAAAUCUGGAAAAUGUAUCGGGCAAUUUUUUUUUCAAGCUUUAGAGUGUGCUGUAAUAAUGGUCUGUACAUUUUGAACCACUCUGAUUUCAGCAGACGUUCUUUGGGGAGGAUUGCGUGACAAGUCAAAAUAAUGUCUGCAUGAGAAGCUAAUCCAUGUGUUACCACCUACCAUAACCAACCACAUACCUGUUGUACAACCUGUAGUUAAUUUUUUAUCUCAGGGAAUUUUUCUUUGUCUUUUGUGUUUGGGUUUGGUAAUGUAUGCUAAUGAAGUUGAAACAAAGAAAAACUAAAAAUAACCUGAGAUAAAAAAUUAGCUGCAACAUAUCCAUACACCAAAAAUUUUCCUAGUUAUUAAAGCCCUUUAAGCCCAAUAUCCACUAAGAAAUAUUCCAGACUGAUCUCUAUACAUUAACUUGAAAAAUUAGUCAAGAGAAUUUGUUGACAGGUCAAACUACUUUCCUUUUGGUGAUCAUUUCAUUAAUUCUUGUAACCUCUCUAUUACUGAGGGGAACUCUUGACUAGGAAUUAACUGACAUAUAAUUUCUAUUAACAGUUUUUAUAGGAAACCACUAUUUCUUUUCAUCUUGAAGGGAACCAAUCUUGAUGGACUGUUAGAAGCAAUCACAACCCUCGCAGAAUUGCAUGAUCUGAAGGCUAAGAGAGAUGGUCUUGCAGAAGGAGUUGUUCUGGAGUCAAGAAAGGACAAAGGAAAAGGGUACAUCUUGACAAAUUAAUAUCCAUGCUUAAUAUCAAUACAUUAUAAAAGACCUUACGACUUGCUGAAGUUAGGAGUACAUUUAUUUGUCAUGAAAGUCCAGGCUGGGAAGACUGGAACAUGUGUAUGCAGUAUGCCCGAUGUUGGUCACAUACAUUAAUACCAUCAUUACUCUGUGACAAUUACUGUCCAACGUUUUUUCAGUGCUAUCGCAACAGUCCUUGUUAAACAUGGAACCUUAAAGAAAGGCAGCAUUGUUCUUGCCGAUGACACCUUUGCUAAGGUAACUCUUUAUAACCGCAUUUGUCUUAAUUCAUGGUUGUUAAUAACAGUCAAGUGAUUAGGUCAUGCGGCCAAUAGAAAUGCUAGAUUUCUAAUAUGGAGUCCUGCUUUGACCAGUACAUGUGUAGCUGACUUUGUUUCGUGGUAGUCUCAAUUUCAACUCCCUCCAUUGCUAUGCUUGUAAAAUAGCCAACUGGUAGGCCUCCUGCCUGGGGAUUCUUACACUAAAAUGUAACAUUGUUAUGUUUUAGUUUAAAUUGUUUGUUUCCAGGACAGUAGACAGAUCAGAUAUAAAAGUAGGGAGCUUGGCAAUCAAUCGCUGAAGGUGAUUUCAGGCUUUAACUCUCUCACUGUACCCUUUUUCCCCAAAGAGGCAGCUCAAAAUUCAAAGUAGCCAAUGUUUUAGCCACUCGCUGGCACUUAAUGAGAAUCCUGUGUUUUAGUUGUUUGCACCGUCCAACUAAGCAUGAUUUAGUACUGCAGAUACUGCCAAGAGAAAAUAAAGAUUUAUUAUAUCUCUAUACUAUUAUUGUUACUAUCGUCACCAUCAUCAUCAUUGUAUCAAUAAUAUUAUGGCUGUCUCUGAUAGGUGCGCAUGAUGUAUGACAGUCAAGGCAAAGUUUUGUCACAAGCCACACCCUCCAUCCCUGUGGAGGUGUUAGGGUGGAGAGAACUGCCGUCAGCAGGGGAUGAAGUUUUUCAGGUCACGUCAGAGGUGAGUACAUGAAGUCACUUUUUCUGCCAUUUCUCUUUGUAGGGCGUUCUUAAGCAAAAGAGUUUGGUGAUGUUUCUGACCUCACAGACAAAAACAUAAAGUUUGUUUUGUUUUGUUUUGCACUCUGUUUGGCAUGUGCGGUAAAUUAUUGAAAGCUUUCUUAAACCAUCAGAGUAAUCAACAUCAACUUUUUCAUAGCAUUGAAAAUUACUUAGGUAAUGAGAAUUAAUAAAAAUUAAUGAUCACCUUCAAGAAAAUGUAUAGAGACUGCGUAUCAGGAUCAGGGAUUAGAGAAUUUGUGUGUGGGUAUGUUACAGGUUGAAAUUAAAUUCAGGUUAAAAAUAUUUUACCUAGGUUAAAUCUCAAUUUUCUUGUUAAAUUAUUCAUGUAUUUAGGGCUAGUAGACAAUGGAAAUUGAGAAUCAACCUAGUUUAGAAAAUUUCAUCCUGAGAAAGAAAGAAAGUGACUAAGUUGAGAUUGCAAAAAUUACAUAUUUGCCAAAAAGUAACUAAGAUGGCCACAGAAUAGACAGUAAUGGGGUAGGGGCUCCGAGAGGCCAGCAGCACAUACCAGCAAAAAUUACCCAAGUAUCCCCCAGUCCCAAAGGUGUCUGUCUUACAGAGAGUUGACUGUAAAGGGGAAAGUUAUUUUCUUACGUAGCACAAAUUUUAAAUUUUUGGCAUUAUUUUUUCCCAGCAAGAGGCUCAUGACUUUAUAAACAAGAGAAAAUCAGUACUUCAUGAAAACAGACUAUCAUCAGAUCUUGGGCAUAAUUUGCUAGAGGACGUUGAGCUGACUUACAAAGGAGAUCCUGCACCAAAGGAACCAAACAGAAUUUAUGAUUCUUCUGACAAGUUAAAUGUAGUUAUAAAAGGUUGGUUUGUACAUAUCACUGUAGUUACAAUGAGGGACAAAAGUGUUGACACACUUCAGUAAAAUGGCCCCUUUUUGCAUAGUGGAUGGUAAUGUAUGAUAAUGAGUUUAAAACCCCAAGGAUAAAAUUGAACCACAACAGAUAUACUUAUCCCCUUCCCCUGUCUACCCCAGCUCCUUCCCUGCAAAAUCAAUGUUGAAUUUUGGACCCUCAAGUCUUUUUUUUACUUCAGACAACAUUGAUUCGGGGGUUGAGGGGAUUUACGGCAUUUAAAAGGAAUGAAAUAAUAAAUGAAUUAAAUGUUUGUUAAAAGCACCCAUUUUAAACAAGUGUGUCAACUACUUUUGUCCCUGAUUGUAGCUAAGAAAUAAAGAGGUCAUCCAGAUUUGUUAGUAAGGUGUGAGAAAUUGUCCUUGAUGCGUGAGAUUGACGUCUUUAGUCCGCAAGGUAUGAGACUCACAGGGUGCGUGAGCUGGCAUUGGUAUAAAAUAUCAUAUUUUCCUUUAUAGCUACACAUGCACUGAAUACUGAAUUAUUUUCUUUACUGUGUAGGUGAUGUUGAUGGUUCAAUAGAAGCCAUCAAUGAUGCUCUACAAACUUAUAAUUCAAGGAAAAUUUCCUUAAAUGUUUUGUGCGCUGAGGUAGGAGCAGUCAGUGAAAAUGAUAUCAAACUAGCAGACACCUUUAAAGGUAAGUUUAUCUAGCUGCAUACCUAGUCUGAGAAAACAGCCAAUAUUUCACGACACCACCUUUGGGUUCCCCCUGGAAUGACUUCUGAGAAAUGAGUGUAGAAAUGCCAUACUGCACACUUUGUCAGUACCUAUUUUUCAGUGUCAUACCUCCAAAAAUAAAAAUCAAAACCAUUUGACUGAUGAAGUCAAGAAUCUAGGGGUUAAAAGUAGAUACAUUGUAAUAACAAUAUAAUAGCAGUCCAAGGGAAUCAAAGAAAGAAAAUGUUGCUAAUGCUUCUUGCAAGUGUAUUCAUUUCAGAGGGGACAGAUGGCAAAUUGUUUUUGCUUGAAAUAUCUAUAUAUUAAAGUUGUAACAGUUCAUCAGUAGAAUAAUAACUCAAAAAGGGUUGGAAAUGAAUACCUUAAUUUUCUAAUUCCAGAUUGUUGAUUAAAGCUUUCCAUCAUAAUGUCUAUUGUCUUUGAAAGUUAAUGUUUUUAUUUGUCAUUUAAACAAUUAGGUGUGGUUUUUGGCUUUAAUGUAAAGAUGUCAAAGAAAACGCAGUCCUUUGCAAAACAGCUUGGUAUCAGUGUUAAACACCACAAGAUUAUUUACAAGUUGCUGGAGGAUAUCAAGGUUUGUAUGAGACAGUGCAUGAACAAUACUUUGUGUCAGUCUACUGACAAAGGAAGACACCAUACACAGUAAAAGAAUUUGUCACAACUUUUCUGCUCAGGGGGUCUUGAAGCCAGGACUAUAGACCCAACUUAGCAAACUUUAGUUUGUUUUUGUAAACAUCAUUCUGCUCCAUUGGGCCAGGUUGUUCAAAGCUGGAUAAAGAACACCCAGGGUUGGGCUGAAAUUUGAAUUCUGAUAUGAAAACUUAAAUAGCAAAUUCAGUUUAAUUCUCUUUGUCUACAAUUUUCUGAGAGGAUGAUGUAAAUAGAAUAGAGAAAAUUAUAUUGGAGAAUUAUUGCUUUUGAAAUAAAGAAAAAGAAACCCGGAUUAAAAUUCAACCCCAUGAGGUUAGCACUAAUCGGCCAUCGAAGGGCCCAGUAGUAAAAGAAACUUGAGACAAAGCUGUCAGUACAGCUUAUUCUUUCCUUGUCCUUCAUCAUUUUACUCUCAUGAAGAGUCACUGCCAUAAGGGUUAUUGCCCUCUAAAAUUAAUGUUGUAAAUUUUGAAUUUCUUUAAGAAUUGUUGAUCAUGAGAAGCAUUUCUUCAUUUGUGUUUCAUCCAAAUUCCAGACCCCAUGAAGUCAGUCUUAAUAAUCUUGGCUGCACCUCAUAAUGGAUAAGAUAUGAAAAGAUAAUGUGGAAAAUUGUUCUGCCCCAGUUGUUCAAAAGGUGGAUUACACUAUUCCCUGGAUAAAUCUCUAUCCUCUGAAUAGCCCAGUUGGUUUUCCUAAUACUUGUACUUAUCUGCUGGAUAGUGAUUUGACCUGUAAAUAGCACUAUCCAACAUCUGAACAGUGUGGGCCUGCUUGUCACUGCAUGUGCAUGAACUGAAGUGCAAGCAGAUAAAGGCCAACCCUUAACUCCCCGAGUGCCAUUACUAAACCCAUUUAAAGUUGAUUAGAUUACAGUUUGCACUGUUCAUUUUAAAUACCUUGCAUUCAGGAUGAGCUUUCAAACAGACUUCCUCCAUCUAAAGAAGAAACAGUCGCUGGUGAAGCAUUAGUACGUAAAGUGUUUCACCUUACAGGCAUGCGCAAGGCUGUAGUGGCUGGCUGCAGAGUGAAAAUGGGGAGCCUUGCUCGGGAUAGCUUAUACAGAAUAACAAGGAAUGGCAAGGUUAUCUUUGAUGGUAAGUGGGUAUCUUUUUCUUACAUUGUUCAAACCUGGAAUUCUUUUGGAAUUACAUGUACCUUGUAAUCUCCAGGAGACUGGCACUGGCAUUGCCAUCCUCCUAUAAAAGGAAAAUUGCUGCUUUAUCCCCAGUUGCUCACUAUAACUAUUUUGGGGGAUAUUUGAGUUAAUAGGAAGCUUAAGCAAUGAUGGUGAGGACAGCAACGAGAACGGCAAAAAAGCAAUAGGUUUACAGUUGCUCACUACCUGACUGUUUUGGGGGAUAUUUGAGUUAAUAGGGAGCUUUAAGCAAUGACGGUGAGGACAGCGAUAUGAGAACGGGAAAAAAGCAAUAGGUUUAGAUAAGCAAAACAACAACUUUGCAGCUGGUGCAUCACACUUUUUUGUAUAUUUUUUGCCCUUGUAGCAGCUCCACAGCGACAGGAAACUGACCAAUUUAACGUUUUCUGGAGGACAUUUUACAAGACAACCAUUUUUUUUAUUGUUUUUCAAAACUUUGAUACAAUCCUUUAGAAUUCUUCUCCAGAAAAAUUCACCAACAUUUGACAAAUUAAACGCCUUGAAAUGAGAGCAAUGAAUUUUGAGACAGCAUGAAUUAUUUUUUUAAGAGACGUUUUCACUGCUGCCAUCAUCAUUGUUGCUUAAGCUCCAUAAUUAUUAAGGAAAGCAGGAAUGAAAGGAGUGAUGUGAAUUGAUGAAAGAAGCUUUCCCCUUUCUCUCUUUUUCCUUCCCGUAACUUUCCACUUGCACUCUGCACUUGUUCCCAUUAUCUCUCACACUUCUCGCUUAUCUCCAGCUCUCAUGCCUCUUGCUUGUCUACUUAAGCCUUGGGCCCGAAGCUUGUGGAGAAGGCUGGGAAAAUUGCCCUUGUAACCAAACCUGGCCUGACUAUAUAAAGCACAUAGAAUUAUUACAUGCACUGAUGGUUGAAUGUGUGAGAUCGAGAAUUCCUUAAAGUCUGGGAGCCAUAUCUCGGGAAUUCCUAUCGAUGUCUCAGGAAAUUGUUUGGAGGACAAUGUCCUCCAAUUCAAACUCUUGAAGAUUCCCUAAAUUUUUAUGGUCUUGAAUUUGAACCCCAUGGAAUGUCCAAUCAGGGACCAGCCCGUUGGUUAACCCCCAGAAAUUCGUGAUUUCAUAUCCAAAAAAAAAAAAAAACAGACCAGUUCUCCAAAGAUUCUUGAAGUUAUUUUGAAAACUCAGGGAUCCCCAGCCAUAGAGAAUACCAUUAUGGUCAGGCACUACUCCUACUGUUUACUUCCCAAGGGAUCUUCAAGAAUACUGUUCAAUUUUGUUAGUCAAAUAUAUUUUUUCAAAGUGAUGAAUAAUUAUGAUGCCUUUUUCUCUCAAAAGGAAAGUUAUCAACCAUGAAGCGUGGACAGGAUGACAUUAGCCAGGCCAAAAGAGAAACAGAAUGUGGCUUAUCAUUUGAGAAAUUCACAGAUGUUGAAGAAGGAGAUGUUGUACAGUGCUACACCAUAACUGUGACAAAACAACCUAUUGAUUGGAAUUGGGGUUUCUGAUUAGCUACCUUGUUCUUUUUUACAGUGAAAAUAAUCUUCCUGGGACAAAUUAAUAUGAAAAACUUGUGUAAAUAUUUAUUAAUUGUUGAUAAUGCUCACAAAUCAACUGGAAAGCUUGGUAUGCUCUUGUGGUUUGUGGUGGAUUAAUUUAUAAGAUAGUUUUAAUCGUUUCUUGCAAGAAACAGUUUUUAAAAAGUUUUAUUCGAACUGUCUGUAAUGAACAGAACCCUCAUUAAAAUGAAUGUUAAUGCUCUGGGGUUUUUUGUUUUUUUGUUUUGGUCUCCUAAGGGAUUUAAACAUUACUCACUUUAAGGUAGAAAGCUAAGACGAUUUACCACCCC